UCUCUCUCUCUCUCUCUCUCUCUCUCUCUCUCUCUCUCUCUGAGUUCUGAGUUGGUUCUGACUUUGUGGGUUGGCGUCACAAAGAGCGUUAAUGGAGUUGGAGGGUCUUCCCUCUGGUUAUCGUCCCAACGUUGGAAUCUGUCUCAUCAACGAUGAUAAUCUUGUCUUUGUGGCUUCAAGACUGAAUGUUCCCGGAGCAUGGCAGAUGCCACAGGGGGGCAUCGAAGAUGGAGAGGACCCGAAAUCUGCUGCAGUUAGAGAAUUGCGUGAAGAAACUGGAGUAGUGUCUGCUGAAGUGAUAGCAGAGGUUCCGCAGUGGUUGACCUAUGACUUCCCGCCUACUGUAAAGGCCAAAGUGAAUCGUCUUUGGGGAGGAGAAUGGCAUGGACAGGCACAGAAAUGGUUUCUUAUGAGACUCACGAAAGAUGAAAGCGAGAUUAACUUGGAAACCGGUGCAGCAGACGCAGAAUUCUCGGAGUGGAAAUGGGCUAGCCCUGAAGAGGUCGUCGAACAGGCGGUCGAUUACAAGAGGCCAACGUACGAGGAAGUGAUCAAGACCUUCCGGUGUUACCUCAAUGAUAAUGGAAAAGCCACUAAAUGUCAAUCCACAAAGUGGUGAGUGUUAUAGAUUUGGUAUGCUUAUCAUCCCCCCCUCUAUUUCUGCCCAAUUACUCAUAUCUGAAGUGUAGAAUUUUACCCUUUGCCCUCUCUCUCUGUAAAUGUAUGCAGCUUAAGAAUAUAGGUGGUUGUCUGCUUUCAAUAAAAUUGCAUUUGUUUCUCUACA